GUCCAUGAAACUACAAUUUUGUCCAACGUUGAUCCAACGUACGCCAUCAUUAACCCCCCUCAGACUACUAGUACUGCCAUUGCAAGGCAAUCAUGCAUACGCACGACUUUCGGUCCCAUGGCUCACACUACCAGCGGCAGUAAUGUUAUAGCGCGUCCCCUCGUCCAUGAAGUGAAAAUGCUAUAAUUCGUUGCUAAAGUAAAUCAGAUCAAAUUAAGGUUCAAGCGCUUAUGCUUGAACUAUAACUUCUUGACCAAUCAUUUGCAUUGAUAUUGAUCUCCGAGCAAGCCGCAUCAUGAUAUCGUCCUUGGGACCGGGUCACCAGGUUGCCUGGACAGGUCGAAUCGUUGAGGGAACCAUCACAUCGGCUCAGCAGUGAUAUCCCGGGUCUUCAAUAAAUGCCAGUCCCAGGCCUAUCUGCCCACUUCCGAUCUUCAUCCAAUCCAGCUCGACAUGACCUCCCCAUCUGAGAUUGCACUGCGUCUUCAGACCGUCAAAUAUUUCAAGAUGGCAGGAUUGGCAGUCUUGUUUUUUGACUACUGUAUCGAACUGACAGACGAGAUCCACCUCACUUGGGGGAGGAAGUGGGAUUUCAUUCGCAUCAUUUUUGCGGUGGCUCGCUACAUGCCUUUUAUUGAUGUCCCGAUAGACUUGAUUUAUUCCCUUGGACCCACUUCACCACAGCUUUGCCUGUCACUAUACCAAGCCUCCUCCUGGCUUAAUAUAGCUGGCACCGUUGCCGCAGAAUCACUCCUUCUCAUUAGGACGUACACGUUAUGGGGAAGAAAUAGAGUGUUGCUUGUUGCCCUCCUAACGCUUGCGCUGGGCUGCGUUGCAGGAUGCGGGGCGGUCGGUGCCAGUGCUUCAUCCUUGUUCAAAUACCAGGAUCCCCCACUAGCAACUUCUGGCUGUUACCAAAGCCAAAGAAUUGCAAUUUACGCAGUUAACUAUGCCCUGCUGGGUCUUUAUGAGACGGUCAUACUAUUCCUCAAUGUUUUUCAAGCCUGCCAUCACCGACGAGGGCCGGGGAGUAGCCGGCUCAUUACACAUUUGUACUGGGAUGGUAUAAUUUAUGUUCUGUGUAUACUAGCAAUGACAAUGGUCAACAUUGUAGUUAUAGCUUUCCUUCCGGUAAGACAGGUCCUUUUCAAUUAGGUUUUGCUCAUAUUUUGGUGGAGUCGGAUUAUGCAGAAUCUACCA